UAGAUUAAGGAGUUAAUCUCCAAAAUAAGUAAGCGUUACAAUAAAUUAAGUAAAAAAUACAUUAAACAACCUAUAAAGUGAUAUCAUAAAGACCCUAAAAAUCGAUUCGUCCGUUGUGGACGAAGACCAAAUAAAAAGAAAUGUUUUAUUUAAAGGACCAUUAAUAAGUGUUGCAAAUAAAUUAAAAUAAAAAAUAAAAAAACGGAAAAAAAAAAACCAAGUGCAGACAAAACGAAACCAGAACACGGUGAAGAGAAGAGGAAAGAGAGAGAGAAAAAAGGAAGACGAUGAUGAUUUCUCGGAGACCCGUUUCAAGUCCGGGUCGGGUCGAGAAAUAUCCACCGCCUUUUAUGGGGUUUUUGAGGAGCAAAAGUAACGGUGGAAGCACAAGUAGAAGUAGAAGCCGAAGCAGAGGAAGGUCACGCGCGAGUCCUCUAUUUGUUCGCCGGAAUAAAUCAGCGGCGGCGGUGACUCAAGAACCGUCGUCUCCGAAGGUUACUUGCAUGGGUCAAGUCCGGGUCAACCGAUCGAAGCCCAAAAUUAAACCCGAAUCUCGAGAAAACCCGACCCAACGACGAUGUAAGUGGAUCCGAAACGCGUCGUUUUAUAAAAAAUUCGCCGGGAAAAUCAAAACGUUGUCGUUUUGGCCUAAAUGGCGAUUGUUUUCGUUUUCGUGUUCACGUCGGAAAUUGAAGGAGAAAGAUUCUCCGAGAAGCCAAUUAGAUCGUCCGGCAACGGAAUCAGUCAGAGAAAUCAAAGAAGAAAUCGAAGAAGAAGAAGGGGAAAAUUUUGAAAGCCCUAAAUUAUUUGUGUCUCCGGCUACUACGCCGCCGGUAAACGCUCUGUUUUUGACGAGAAGCAGAUCUGCACCAUAUAGAUCGUCGUCGUUGGCUUUCAGAUUCUGGGAAGAGAAUAACCAACGCGAAGUUGAAUCGCAGCAAAAUGUGAGAUCGGAGAAAACUGAAUCGGAAGUUCCCACCGAGAAAAUCAAUGGUGUUUACGAUAAUGUUGAUAGAGAUGAAGAAGAAUUAACGGAGUUAGGGUUUGUACGAAGGCCAGCGUUGACAAGGAGCAAAUCAGAGCCGGCGAGGAUCGGCGAGAAGAUGAUGGUGUUGCUUCCGGAUGAAGAAGAAGGUUAGGUAGGGUUUAGGUCUCUCAUGUGAUUAGUCAAUUAUUGCACUAAUUUUUAAUUAAUCGUUGGUUUUACAAUUUAAUUUUCAUUGUUUAGGAUAAUUUGACUGUGUUUAGAUAUAGAGGAAACAAAUUUGUAUAAAGAUUUGUAACCAUACAUAUAUAUAACGUAAGGUGUAGGUAUGUUUGACAUCAAAAGUGUUUAACAAUACAUUAUAAAUUCAAUUUCAAUUUGUAUAUUUACAUUAUCUGUUUUAUUUCAAUUUAAUCUGUAUGAAAUUUUGGCAA